AUGUGCGGCGGUAAUCCAGCACAUUGGGUGCUUACUUGGGUCGACUUCAGUCAGCGAGAAUACGGAGUGUUCGACAGCUUACCCCAGUUCCACUCCGAAUAUUGGGCUGUCCCGGGGCUCAAGUCAGUGGUGGACACAGUGUGCGAAUUCAUCAAUGGCGAGAGCAUACCUUGGGUAAAGUGGACACGGCGCAUGCAGGUACCACCAACGAGUGAGCAGCAGGUUGAUGGGUGGUCAUGCGGCCUAUUUGUCCUCCUGGCCAUGGCUACGUUGUGCCGAAAGCAGGACCCCAACCUGAUUGGUCACAGUCAGCUGGAGGCGGCGAAGCAGAUGGUGCUAAGAGAGAUCCAAACCGAGAUUGGCAAGCGAAAAGAACCACCUCUUGAUGAUGGCCCAGACGUCAAUGAAGGAGGGGGUAAUGGUGGCCCGGGCAUAGGUGACUCGGGAGGAGGUGGAGAUAGAGGUGGGAACGGCGGUGGGAACGGCGGUGGGGACGGUGGUGGGGACGGUGGUGGUGAUGGUGACGAUGAUGAGGGUGACGGAGAGGAUGAAGACGAGGAAAGUGGGACGCACCGACGCUCCGAGGCCCAGCGUAGAAAAGACCUCGAAGACGACCCAUAUACGGAUAAGGUCGAACCGCACUCCGUUUUUUCUCCACUCAGUGAAGAUCUAGACGCUGCAAUAGACGAGAACGUGACCUUGUCGGAGCAAGGCCGUUGGAUCCGAGUUGCAGAUGCGCAGCCUUCGCCUUCUCUUCCAGCCGCUACGUACUUCAAUUCUCCUUCUUCAACUGCUGUUCAAUACGCUGCUGCACGAAGCGAAAUCCUGGAUGAAGAUCACAAAAUCUCUAUCAUUAAAGUCCUCGACUCCCGCCGACGCUGUCAAUCUCACACAAACGUCCAUUCUGAGAGAGAAGCAGGGCUCAACCCGAAGUUUGCCGCUGAAACUUCGCUGAACAAAGUCAUCCGGGCACGCGAAGGGAUAGAGAAGAUGUCUAUUCAAGAAGCCUCCCACCGUGCUCGCGUUGCUCAGUUCCAGCACGAAGAGAACUCCCAAGACAGCGCUCGCAGGGGGUUGAUGCGCUGGAUUGGGACCGCGCAUAGAAUCAGGGAAGUCCUCGGACCCAACGGAGGUUUACCACAGCUCCACACGCGCAACGUGACCAGCCUCUAUCCCCUAGUAAUCGGAUCACACAUUAUCAUCCGGAACUCUGUCCGCAUAUACAUUGGUGAGGUCCUCAAUUUCUACUACAAAUCUGAAGCAAAAGCAAGCCGGCAUAACUCUCUUGAGUCGGUUGAUAGUAUUGACGAGAUCACGUCUCUCGCGGUGCGCAUUUUCAUCCCUUUUGAGCCGAUCCCGGCCCAUUGCGAUGAUGAUUUUAUGUACGACGAUUCAGGUGACGACAUCCCCGGCCCCGUCCUUUUCCGCCCAUACCACCUCAAUCAUGAGCUGCACACUUACAUCGUGUCUUCUGACGAAGUCCUAUAUCACCUGGGUCUCCUCGCCUUCACCAAGCGAUCUGCUGGCGAGCCUUCUUCCUAUCCACUAAGACUCACUCUCGAUGCGGCUUCGCACUGGAAGGCUCUCACGAAGCCAGCGAUUCGACAGGUUUUGCCCAAGAUCAAGAUUCCGGGCGGGAAAAUGGCAGCGCCAUCUUUGUGAUUGACUACUUGUAACCUCUCGUAACGUGUUCGGUGAGCCCCUGUAGGGCUGUAGUCAUCAGUAUUACAUCACGCAAUCUGAGCUAUCACAUGACCGAUGUCUCUCCGACUUAGCAUAUUUGACAUGAGGAUUAGACCUCCGGUGUGGCAUAUUUGAGACCAAAAUCCUAUGUUUUGACGGAG